GCUCGCGCUUCUUGCUCGCACGCUCGAAUCGCAUGUCGCACGCUCGCACGCUGCGUCGUCGGCUUUUUCAGAAACACAAAAAAACGAUUGCAAAACAUAACGUGCGUUCUUCUAUCGAUACUUCGAUUGCUCGCUUAUCGUUUAUCGCUCAUCGCCUAUCGUUAAUCGGUCAACAGCCCCCGCCCAAAGUAUGCAAAGUGACCCAAUAACAGCUCAAUUUACCGUUCACAAGUUAAUAUAGAGUGCCGCAAGUGCUUCAGUUUUCACACCUCUCACACACACACACACACACGCGCGCACUCACACACAUGAGAGGCAUAAAAAAGAAAACAGAGGCGCGCGCUUGUUCGCCAUUUGCCCAACUCAAGUCCAAGUGCCUUUUCACCAAAUAAAGGUGUGGCCUAAGCCAAACAACAACAACAACAACGACAACAAAUGCAACUUGAGAGUCAACUGAACAGCAAGUCAACUAAAACUCAUCUUUCACUAUGUUCUAUAUAAAUUAGACGGCAGCAAAUUGAAUAAAUACACACACACACACACAGAUGCAGAGAGUGUGUUAUAUACACACACGCGGGCACACACACUCGAAUGCAGGGAGCGUAACGAGCGCGUGUUUGUGUCGUUUAUAGAGUUUAAGCUACGGUAUAUAAGUAUGUAUAUCAAUGUACAUAUGGCUGAGCUUUACGCUCGUCUAAAGUUCUAAAAGUCAAGUGCAAUUUAGCUACAACAACAGCAACAAUCGCUAAAAUACUGUACGCUCAAGUGACGUUUUAUUGGCGCAAGGUGAAAAAAGCAAAAAAAAUAGUAAUAAUAAAACUAAAAUAAAAAUAGAAAUAAACGAGCGAGGAGAGUUCACAAUGUGCACACAUAACAAACAACUUAAAUGAUUUUUCGAACCAAAAAAAACCAACAGCAACAACAACAGCAACAGCAACACCAACAAACAACAAUAAUAUAGGAAAUAUAACAAAAGAAAACAAACUGCAGCCUCAGUGCACUAUGAAAAUUUGUAACUGAAACACGUGAAAAAUCAAGAGACGGAAAGCCGCACACCGAGCUCACAGCGCCACGGAGUCUGUAUUCAAAUUUGGAUUAAGCGAAACUCUUUCAACUCUUUUCAUAAUUUUUUUUCGUUUUUUUGCGGGCAGUUCAAAGGCUUUGAUAAGUCCACACCUCCGGAGCGCACAAGCUGAGCGCAUUAGCAGCAACAAUGAUGAAUCAGGAUAAUCCGUAUGCGAUGAAUCAGACGUGCAAGGUCUGUGGCGAGCCGGCAGCUGGGUUUCACUUCGGGGCAUUCACAUGCGAAGGCUGCAAGUCCUUCUUUGGCCGCUCGUACAACAACCUGUCCUCCAUAUCGGACUGCAAGAAUAACGGCGAAUGCAUCAUUAACAAAAAGAAUCGCACGGCCUGCAAGGCGUGCCGCCUGAAGAAGUGCCUCAUGGUGGGCAUGUCGAAGAGCGGCUCACGCUAUGGUCGUCGCUCCAAUUGGUUCAAGAUACACUGUCUGCUGCAGGAGCAGCAGCAGCAGGCGGUGGCUGCCAUGGCGGCGCAUCACAACAGUCAGCAGGCGGGCGCAGCGGGCAACACGGCCAUGGGUGGCGCCUCCAAUGGCUGUGUGAAGGCAGGUGUGCCGGCCUCGUCGGCAGCUGCUGCUGCGCUGGGCAUGCUGGGGCAUGCGACGGGUGGGUAUCCGGGUCUGUAUGCAACGGGGCCGCCACGCAGCAAGGAGGAGCUGAUGAUGCUCGGCCUGGAGGCCAGUGGUGACUAUGGCGGCAUUAAGCAUCCAUCGCUGGUCGCCUCGCCUUCGGUCAGCUCACCGGACUCACACAACUCGGACAGCUCCGUGGAGGUGAGCAGCGUGCGUAGCAACUCGUUGCUGCAGCUGGGUGGCAAACAAAGUGCCGCAGGCGAUGCUAACCAAACGGCGCAGGGCGGCACAGCGCCUGGGCGACCGCCACAGCUGCGCAAGGAUCUGGCGCCGUUUUUGCCAUUACCAUUUCCGGGUCUCGGCUCGAUGCCAGUGAUGCCACCGCCCGCAUUUUUGCCACCCUCACAUUUGCUCUUUCCCGGCUAUCAUCCCGCGCUCUAUUCCCAUCACCAGGGCCUGCUGAAGCCCACGCCCGAGCAGCAGCAGGCGGCAGUGGCUGCUGCCGCAGUGCAGCAUUUGUUCAACUCGAGCAAUGCGAGUGGGCAACGCUUUGCGCCGCAGCUGCAUGCGUCGGCGCCCUUCGGCCACGCCGGCCUCAAAGAAGAGUCCGCGCACAGUCCCAACCACAAUAACAACCACAAUUUACUGCCCAAUGGCAGCAGAACAGCGACUAGCGCCGCAGACGAGCUAACCAAGCGCUUCUACUUGGACGCUGUGCUCAAAUCACAGCAGCACAGUCCUCCGCCGCUGGCGACAAAGCUGCCGCCGCACAGCAAGCAGGACUACUCCAUAUCGGCGCUGGUUACGCCCAACUCGGAGAGCGGGCGGGAGCGUGUGAAGAGCAGGCAGAGCAACGGCGAGGCGGACGAGGAGGAACGCGAAACGGCCACGGGCAGCGAGAAAGCUGCAGAGGAGGAACUGGAGCCGGAGGAGGACGAUGAGGAAGACUUGGUGGUGUCCAUGACGCCGCCACGUUCGCCAGCGCAACAGCAGUCGGCACAAGUAUCGGACGAGCAUGCAGCAGCGCAGGACAAUCCGAUCGAUUUGAGCAUGAAGACCACUGGCAGCUGCAGCUCCAGCUACCGAAGUUGCAGCAGUAUCAAGAGCAGCUGCGCUCAGAUUGAUGCCGAGAACUACAGUGAUAAUGAGCCAGCAACUGCUACGGAUAAGGAGCCAGCCGAUGAGGUGCUCCAAGUAACAGCCCUGGACGAGGAAGACGCCGAGGAGCAGGAGUCAACGCAAGCUGAGCUCGAGGAUAACAGCACCACGGAGACGGUCAAGACCAGCAUAGAACAAACCCAAAACAUGAAUAACAACAACAAUAGUAACACCAACAACAACAACAACAACAACAAUAGUAACACCAGUGAUAACGAGGCCAACGAUAGUAUCAAACGUAAAUUGAACGAGCUGCUGCAGGAAUCGAAUGGCUCGAAGCGUCUGCGCCUGGACUCGCCGCCUGCAGCCGAUUUGCCCGUUAAACUGGCCACCUCAACGGCACUCGACCUAACCAACAAGGUUUGAUCGAUGGGCCCAAAUGUUAGACAAAUUGGCGACAGUUAGUCGCUGGGCGUAACACUAUGCAACAAAGUUCAGC